AUGUCAGCCGCGAUCCGCAACCUGCGGAAUAAUCCGAAACUCCUCUUCGUCCGCCUUCCGAACUUCCUCUCCUUCCUCUGCAUCGUUGUCGGCGUCGUCUGGCUGCUUCUCCUGCCGCUGAACGACUACUCGCGGAAAACCUACAUCUCCGAGAACGCGCUCCUCCCGGGACAGGUCCAUGCGUAUUUCUCGGGCAGCGAGCAGAAUGUCUUCCGUGGCUAUAAGCAAGAACUCGACGGGUUGUUGAAUGAGGGGCGCGAGAGGGGUGGGCAGAAGGACGAUGCGGAAGUGACCUCGACGGUUUCGGGCAAAGUACAGUCGAUCUUCCUGGCUGUGGGACUGAAGAUUGCCACGCAGAAAUACGAAUAUACCUCGGCGGGUAUCACGCACCAAGGGGAGAAUGUCUAUGCUAUCAUUCAUGCGCCGCGCGGAGAUGCCACUGAGGCAAUUGUGCUGGUUGCUCCAUGGAAGACCGCCGACGACGAAUUGAACCUGAACGGCGUGACCCUUGCUCUGACUCUGGCUCGGUACUUCAAGCGCUGGUCAUUGUGGUCCAAGGAUAUCAUUUUCUUGAUUACGCCCGACAGCAAAUCUGGCACGCAGGCAUGGAUUGACGCUUACCAUGACAUGCACCCCGAGUCCGUUCAACCGCUUCCCUUGAAAAGUGGUGCAUUGCAAGGUGCCCUGGUGAUCGAGUACCCAUUCGACCACCACUUCAACACGCUCCACAUAGUAUAUGAUGGUGUGAACGGCCAGCUGCCUAAUUUGGAUCUCUUCAACACGGCGGUGUCUAUUGCCGGCGGCCAGAUGGGCAUUGGCUCCAAUUUGCAGGAGAUGUGGGAGCACAAGGACAGCUACGAGCACCGCCUGCAGACUAUUUUCCGUGGCAUGACCAAGCAAGGCCUCGGCUACGCCACUGGCGCUCACAGUAGCUUCAUGCCGUACCACAUUGACGCCAUCACCCUGCAGCCCAAGGGCCAUGGGUGGGAGGAUGAAAUGGCGCUGGGCCGUACUAUCGAGAGUAUUUGCCGCAGUUUGAAUAACUUGCUGGAGCACCUGCACCAGAGCUUUUUCUUUUACUUGCUCAUGCAGUCCAACCGCUUCGUUAGCAUUGGGACCUAUCUGCCGAGUGCCAUGCUGAUUGCUGGGAAUUUCACUAUCAUGGCCAUUGCAUUGUGGUUGCGCACUGGUUACUAUUUGGAAAAUAAGCCAAAGGCUGCGGCUCAACCCAAGGACAAGAAGAAGUCCGUCGAGCCUACAGCGCAAGCUAAAGGAAAUGGCGUCGAGGAGCGACACUUGGCCCUGCCACUUACGCUGGUUGUCGGGCUACACUUGCUCGGCCUGGUCCCGCUCUGGAUGUUCAACACGCUGUUUCACCAGUACUUCACAAUGGCCACCUACAUCUUCGUCGUCGUCGACAUUGUCCUCCCCCUCCUCCUCGCCGCCCUCCUCUCCAACGGCCUCGGCCCCUUCGCACCCAUCAUUCCCCAGCAAUACCUCCUGAUCAAAUCCUUUUCCCUGUUACUAUUGGGCCUCUCCCUCUCCACGCUCGCUACGCUCAACUUCUCCCUCUCCUUCAUGAUCGGCCUUCUGUGUGCGCCGCUCUGCUUCAUCACCCGUCUCCGCACCUCUUCCGCGCCCCUGCGGUGUAGUGUCUCGGGCCUCGGGCUGGUGUUGCUGAAUUUGUUGUCGCCGCCGACGGUUCUGUUGGGAGUUUGUUGGUAUACCGGCGUGUCGGUGGAGACGGUGCUGACGCAGGCUGCGUUCGGGUGGGAUGUCUGGGGCAUGUGGACGCAGGUUGUUGUUUGGUGUGUGUGGUGGCCGGCUUGGUUGAUUGGGUGUGUGUUGUUGGGCUCGUCGAUGUUUUGA